GACGUUUCCCGCCGGCGGGAGCCGCGGUUGUGGCGGCGCGGGGGAGCUCCGAGGCGGCGGGGCCCGGCACGGCGGCACCAUGGCGGACCAGUUUUAUCUGGAAAAUAUAGACGAGUUCGUCACGGACCAGAACAAAAUCGUGACAUACAAAUGGCUGAGCUAUACACUAGGAGUUCAUGUUAAUCAGGCCAAACAGAUGCUGUAUGACUAUGUUGAAAGGAAGCGGAAGGAAAAUUCGGGAGCCCAGCUGCAUGUUACCUAUUUAGUGUCCGGCAGUCUCAUUCAGAAUGGACAUUCCUGCCACAAGGUUGCAGUAGUGAGAGAAGAUAAAUUGGAAGCAGUGAAGUCCAAGCUAGCUGUGACUGCCAGCGUACAUGUGUACAGCAUCCAGAAAGCCAUGCUAAAGGACAGUGGGCCUCUGUUCAAUACCGACUAUGACAUCCUUAAAAGCAACUUGCAGAACUGCAGCAAGUUCAGUGCCAUCCAGUGUGCAGCCGCAGUCCCAAGAGCUCCUGCUGAAUCCUCAUCUUCUGAAAAAUUUGAGCAGUCAGAUCUUCCAGUGUCACCUGAGACACAGGCUAAUGAGUUGACCACCAAUGGUCAUGGCCCCACUAUCCCCAAACAGAGUCCCCAGCAGCCCAAAGGGAUUAUGGGCAUGUUUGCUUCUAAAGCUGCUUCUAAAACCCAAGAUGCCAACAAGGAAACCAAAGCAGAGGCUAAAGAGGUAACGGAUGCAUCUUCAGUAGGCAACAAGGCAUCAGGGAAGGGGAAUACGAUAAGCAAUUUCUUUGGAAAAGCUGCUAUGAAUAAACUUAAAGUCAAUUUGGAUUCCGAACAAGCAGUGAAAGAAGAAAAAAAAGUAGAGCAACCUCCACUGUCUGACACUGAACCAAAGCUGGCAGCCCCUGCGGGCCUGAAGAAAGCUAGCAAAAAAGCAGAGCCUGUUAAGAUGCAGCAGAAAGAAAAAAAAAGGAGGAAACAAGUGGCGUUAUCUGAUGAUGAGAUAAAAGAAACUGAAAACAUGAAGAAAAAGAGGAGAAGAAUCAAACUUCCUGAGUCUGAUAGCAGUGAGGAUGAAGUUGUACCAGACUCUGGGGCUUAUGAAGCUGAGUCACCAUCCCCACCGCCUCCUGCUUCUCCACCUCCGGAACCAGUGCCAAAGCCUGAGCCAGAGCCUCCUUCUGUCAAGAGCUCAAGUGGAGAAAACAAAAGAAAACGAAAACGCACGCUAAAAUCGAAAACCUUUGUGGAUGAGGAAGGCUGCAUAGUGACUGAAAAAGUCUACGAGAGUGAAUCCUGCACCGAUAGUGAGGAAGAGCUCCAGGCGAAGACUUCCUCUGUGCCCAGGCCGCCCGCCAUGGCCGUGAAAAAGGAGCCCAAAGAGGAACGAAGGGGCCCAAAGAAAGGGACAGCGGCUCUGGGCAAAGCCAAUAGACAAGUGUCCAUCACCGGCUUCUUCCAGAGGAAGUGAGCUGCCGUCUCUGUUAGGGCAGAGACGUGGAGUGGCCCAGGGCCAAGACCAAGACAUACGGACUCUCACUUACUGUGUAAGUUCAUCCAGCGCCUCACCUCGCCUCUGUCAAAAGACUGUUCUUCCUAUAAGGUCUGUUCUUCCUUACAGAAUCCUGUAAGGUUUCUGUGGUUUCUGGUUUUCAACCAAAAGGAAAUUGCCUGGAAGCAAGAGGCAAAAGAAUAUUUUAAAAGCUGUUAUCUUCUGAUGACCUUUUUUGAGCACAACCUUUGACCUGUCCUGGAGGAUUCCCUCCAAAAAUAAAUUGGAACAGGUUUCAGAAUGAUCACUGAAGCCAUUUAGUGGCUGAUCCACUGUGCCCUACCCACCCUAUGGCCCGAUCCAUCUGUUCCUGGCUCAGGAAGUGAUCCUCUUGGUUCUUUGUGUUCUGUGGCCUUGGGUGGGUACUCUUUUAUGCCUGAAUUUUACUGAUGUGUUCACCACUGCCCCCCACCCUUCCCUUCCCCACCGCCGUAGUUCUGCGUGAAGCAUUUUCUGUAAGUCUUUUAAAUCUUGGUUGGACUAAAGGCUGAAGCAGAAA